UGAAAACUCUUUUCCAAAGCAAGGAUGACUUUAGUAAGGAUCCGGAGGAGCUUCCGGCAGGUAUCUCCUCAAGUGGUGCUCUUCUUGCUCUUUGCCUUCUGCCUGCUCAGUGUUUUUGUCUCCGCAUAUUAUUUAUAUGGGUGGAAGAGGGGACUGGAACCCUCUGGGGAUAUCCCGAGCCCAGACUGUGAUGAACCGAAGAUUGCUCCUUCACGCCUGCUACCCAUAAAACCCAUCAAAGUAGUAGAUUCUUCUCGGACUGACCCCUUGGUCCUUGUGUUUGUGGAAAGCCUUUACUCUCAACUGGGACAGGAGAUUGUGGCCAUCUUGGAAUCCAGUCGUUUCAAAUAUCUGACAGAGAUCGCUCCGGGGAAGGGAGACAUGCCUACAUUGACUGACAAGGACCGAGGGCGCUUUGCACUUAUCAUCUAUGAGAACAUCCUGAAGUAUGUGAACCUGGAUGCCUGGAACCGUGAGCUCUUGGACAAGUACUGCGUAGAGUACGGUGUAGGCAUCAUUGGCUUUUUCAAGGCGAACGAGAACAGCUUACUGAGUGCUCAGCUGAAAGGUUUCCCCCUUUUUCUCCACUCCAACCUUGCACUGAAGGACUGCAGCAUCAAUCCCAAAUCACCGCUGCUGUACAUCACGCGGCCAAGUGAGGUAGAGAAGGGACUUCUUCCAGGGGAGGACUGGACAGUCUUCCAGUCAAACCAUUCCACAUAUGAACCAGUCCUCCUCGCUAAAACCAAGUCAGCUGAAUCCAUCCCACACAUGAGCAUUGAUGCCGCACUCCACACCACCGUCGUACAAGACUUGGGACUCCACGAUGGCAUCCAGAGAGUCCUUUUUGGCAACAAUCUCAACUUUUGGUUACACAAACUGGUCUUUGUGGACGCUGUUUCAUUCCUGACUGGCAAGAGGCUUUCACUUCCCCUUGACCGUUACAUCUUGGUAGAUAUUGAUGAUAUCUUUGUUGGCAAGGAAGGCACACGGAUGAAGGUGGAUGAUGUCAAGGCUUUGUUUGAUACUCAGAAUGAACUACGUACCCACAUCCCAAAUUUCACCUUCAAUCUGGGCUACUCAGGGAAAUUUUUCCACACAGGUACAGAUGCGGAGGACGAGGGAGAUGACCUUUUGCUCUCUUAUGUGAAGGAGUUUUGGUGGUUCCCUCACAUGUGGAGUCACAUGCAGCCUCAUCUUUUUCACAACCAAUCUGUGUUGGCAGACCAAAUGGCUAUGAACAAGAAAUUCGCCGUGGAACAUGGCAUCCCCACAGAUAUGGGAUACGCAGUGGCCCCUCAUCAUUCAGGUGUGUACCCAGUCCAUGUGCAACUCUAUGAGGCCUGGAAACAGGUGUGGGGGAUCAAAGUAACAAGCACCGAAGAAUAUCCACAUCUCAAACCAGCCCGCUACCGAAGAGGAUUUAUUCACAGUGGAAUCAUGGUUCUUCCACGGCAAACUUGUGGAUUAUUUACACAUACCAUAUUCUAUAAUGAAUACCCAGGUGGCUCGAGUGAAUUGGAUAAAAUCAUCAAUGGAGGCGAGCUUUUUCUGACUGUUCUCCUUAAUCCCAUCAGUAUCUUUAUGACCCACCUCUCCAAUUAUGGAAAUGACCGCCUGGGUUUGUAUACCUUUAGGCAUUUGGUCCGUUUUCUGAACUCCUGGACUAACUUGAAGUUACAGACGUUGCCACCUGUGCAGCUGGCACAGAAGUAUUUCCAGAUAUUCUCUGAAGAAAAAGACCCUCUUUGGCAGGAUCCUUGUGAGGACAAGCGCCACAAGGAUAUUUGGUCCAAAGAGAAGACCUGCGACCGGUUCCCCAAGCUGCUAAUUAUUGGUCCUCAGAAGACAGGCACCACUGCCCUCUAUCUUUUCCUGGGAAUGCACCCUGACCUGAGCAGUAACUAUCCCAGCUCGGAGACCUUUGAAGAGAUCCAAUUCUUCAAUGGACAUAAUUAUCACAAGGGCAUUGACUGGUAUAUGGAGUUUUUCCCCAUUCCUUCCAACACUACUUCCGAUUUCUAUUUUGAGAAGAGUGCCAAUUACUUUGAUUCAGAAGUCACACCAAGGCGGGCUGCUGCACUGCUUUCCAAGGCAAAAAUAAUCACCAUCCUCAUCAAUCCUGCAGAUCGGGCCUACUCUUGGUAUCAGCAUCAACGGGCACAUGAUGAUCCGGUUGCCCUGAAGUACACCUUUCAUGAGGUGAUUACAGCUGGACCUGGGACCUCUCAGAAGCUUCGGACUUUACAGAACCGUUGCCUAGUACCAGGCUGGUAUGCUACCCACAUUGAACGCUGGUUGAAUAAUUUCCACACCAAUCAGAUUCUUGUUCUGGAUGGCAAGCGACUACGCGCAGAACCAGCCAAAGUAAUGGAAACAGUCCAGAAAUUUCUUGGAGUGACAAACACCAUAGAUUAUCAUAAAACUCUAGCGUUUGAUCUCAAAAAAGGAUUCUGGUGCCAACUAUUAGAGGGAGGGAAGACCAAGUGCUUGGGUAAAAGCAAAGGAAGAAAAUACCCAGAGAUGGAUUUAGAUUCCAGAGCAUUCUUGAGAGAUUAUUAUAGGGACCACAACAUAGAGUUAUCCAAGCUACUGUAUAAAAUUGGCCAGACACUGCCAACUUGGCUGCGGGAAGAACUCCAGAAUACUAGAUAGCCACUUCUUAUCUCUUGUAUUAAGCAAUAGUAGAAUGGAUCCAUGGAGAGGAUCUCAAACCUCUACUCCAAGCCAACAGAUGUGAGAUAUUCAACAGAGAAGAAGCAUUUUGAGCAAUAUCCAUUCAAGAUGUUUGAGGAAAAGUGGGAAACCGCCAACAUGGUUAAACCUGGAAGCUUGGAAGAAAGCAGCCAUCCGAAGAACUACUGGAAUUGAUGUACAAGCACUGCCUCAGGGCCGAGCCAGAACUAUUACAUCUGUUUCUGCCAGAUUAGUCAAGACCCCAGCUUUACUGAAAGUAUUGAGGUGUGCCUCCUUGGCUAUAAUGCCAGGUUUUGGUGAGAAGAUUCAUAAAGAUCUGAGUUUUCCUCACACCUUAUUUCCAAUAUCUGGAAUAGUAUUACAACAAAAUGACUCCUUCUCUUUGGAUAGAUGACACGAGAGGAUCAAGAAUUCACCAGGGAUCAGGAAUAAUAGUCCUGCACAUGUUUGGGUUUGCAAAAGAACAUCAUUGGUAAUAUGAACAUGGAGCCAGAGGGAGGCCAUGCCCCAAGCAUGGACCUAAUUAUGCAAUUUGGGCUCAGACUGAGAUAGGACUGAGAUAGUGUUCUGCCGCAGAGAUCUUAGUUAAAGCAGAUGCUCUGUUUUUAUAUGGAAGACUUUGGAGGACUUUGGUAUUGGCAAUAUUUAGAUUAUCCCAGAUGGAUUUUUUUUUCUGUCUUCUUAUUUAGAAAUAUAUUGGGAAAGGGAUGGAAUGACCAAGCGCGAGCAACAUAGUCAUCUGACAAUGUUGGCAAGAGAAUUUGCUCCAAAGAGAUAUUUUAAUUUGUGUCCUUCUUAUAGCCCUGUCUCUGGUUUCAGCAUACAAAUUAUGUGAGAUGUGGUUUAAGAUUCAAUAAUUGAAUCCAGUUUUUGUUUUUUUUUAAUUUCUGGUGCACACAAUCCUGCCUGUUUGAAAAAAGGAUGACAUUCUAGCAUCAUGUGUAAACUUUGCUCUAAUGGUCAUCCUAAAUACAACUUAAGAGAAUUGAUCUUCAUGAGUACUGAACAAACAGUAUUUUAGUAGUUUUCUUUUUGAUCAUUUUGGAGUGGGGCAGGGGAUACAUAUUAGAGUUGGUAUUCCCAAGUAUUAGAUUCUUAUUUUCCCACCCUUUUGCUAUUAUAGAGCAGGGGUCUCCAACCUUGGUCCCUUUAAGACUUGUGGACUUCAACUCCCAGAGUCCCUCAGCCAGCAAAGCUGGCUGAGGAACUCUGGGAGUUGAAGUCCACAAGUCUUAAAGGGACCAAGGUUGGAGACCCCUGUUAUAGAGGAUAGAGAAAAAUGGCCCAUGGGUUUGGUUGAUUUGUCAUCAUAAUGUCUGUUCCUGUUAGAAUCAUUUUAGGAUAAGCCAGUGGCUGUCUAUUUUUCAAUUAUUUACUCCUGUCCAAUGUGUCUUAUUGAGCUGUGACUGAGACUUUCCGAUAACUCACUUAUUCUGGUUUACUAAGUUCCUUUGUGUGUAUAUGUGUAUGUAUGGAAUUUAUAAAUAUGCUGCUAAUAGUAUUCUGUAUUCAUGCAUGCACACACACAUAUACACACUUGUCUGUGUUUGGAGCUAGGUUAACAAGGUAAAUAGAACCCAUUUUCCCCCAUUUGGCUUAUUCUGUCCUGUCCUGCUACAUAUUGGAUGUGUCAUAGGAAAGGCAUGUUAAACUUGCAGUCCAGAGGGGGCUGGGAAAACAGAGGUCAUGACAAGGGUCAAAGCCUUUUGAAAAGCCUUUUUAAUUCCUCAGUGGAGGAAUUAAAGGCACUGGAGGAUGGACUGGUUUGACUACUGUUUGAUCCAAAGUUGGAGAGUUGUUAUGAUUUUUUUUUUAAAAAAAAUUGUUAGUAUUGCUAAUGGAAACAUUUACUAUAAAUUCAACAGUAGGUUAUCAAAAAAAUUUCCAAGCUUUUUCAAUUUGGAGGUAGAUGUCCAUUCCCCCCCCCCCAGAAUAUCUUCCUGUUUUGUUUAAAAGUUUCUAACUAUUGGAAGUGAUUUGCUAGACCAGUCUUCUUGUUCUGGUUUUCAUUGAAGCUGUAAUCCUACUAGCACCAGUUCCAUGAAUGAACAUUUGAACAAAAGGCAAGAAGCAAAAAAGGUUUCUUCUUAACUUAGACCUUGACUGCCCAUAAUUGCUGCCAAAAGUUUAUAGGCCUCUUCUGGGUCAGAGUAACUCCGUAGACAAAAGUCAUUCUCACACCAGUGUCGGCAAUUCUUCAGUUACUGUCUGAAUUCAAUUCCAGUUCUGCUAAAGUCCAUCACAAUCGAGUUAUAGUUUCAACGCGUUUGUUUUCAUUCAUCCUGUGUGUGAGCACCAUCUAGUGGAUCAUGAAAUUCCACAGACUUGUAGAGUAAAAUUUGAGUAAAAUAAAAGCUGCAGAGAGCUUUAGGCCGCGGAGUGUAUAACCAUUUAGUGCAGCAAUCUAAACUGAAACAUGCCCAGUAGCUGACUGCCUCACCUCACCUUUACUUGAAGAUAACCAGUAAAAUAAUUUAUUCCCUUGAAAUUCAAAUUCCCCUGAAUAUUAGGAGGUUUUUCCCCCCCUCUGAUAAUCACAAUCUGCCUUUCUCCAUUUUUUUGCAUCCUGCAGUCUUGCAUUGUAGAUAAUACGUCUCUGCGUGAUGUGCUUUCAGAUACAGGAAGACUGAGAUCAAAUCCCCCUAAAUCUUAAUAUUAUAAAUUCUUUCAAUCCCUCUUUAUAGUUCUUACCAUUAUUCUUCUUUGAGUUGAUUACUCCUUUUCACCUUCAUUAUGCUUGUUGUCCCCAUUUGUUUAGGCAGCUAUGCCAGUAAUGAAUGUACAUUUGAGACAGAAGCCUGCAUAAGACCAAGAUGACAUUGUCUUGCGAACUUUUUUAAUACGGUGUUUUACCUGCAGCCUUCUGUAUGAACAGAUUUGUGAAAGCAAAGUGUGCUGAAGAGUUGAAGAGUUCCAAGCUUCCCAGUAACCCCUAAUUAGUUGGACAUUUCUCUUUUAAGGUAGAAUGAAUAUGGCUGCGGGUGGGCAGGAGACAGAGUUGCAUCUAUUGGCAAAUUUAGCUUGCCUUUCUGUUGCAAAUCAUCCAGAGGUCUUGGCUGCCUGGGGAAUUCUGGGAGUUGAAGUCCACUCAUCUUAAACACCGUCACGUUUGAAAAAUAUGGAUGUCGAAGGAGGCUAUUGGCAGAAAAGAUGCAGACUUGGAAUGACAAGAUCUUAGCAUUUGACAUCUGCAGCCUUAUGAAAUAAGACACAAAGUCAGACAGACUGUCCCUUCCAAGCCAUUGUAAAAUAGGCACAUCAAGAAAAAAGGGACCACUGAAGUAAGGUAACGGAAAGACUGUAUUGGUUCAUUUGGGAUAUGGGUCAUUCAUCAGAAAUGGUAAGCUUGCCUUGAGAAAUUUCGGCUUGGAGCACACAAAAGGCCUUCCAGUACUGGGUUGAUUUUACUACAGCUUCAGAUUUCUGAGUAGACUUCAGUGCAGAAACCAAAACUCUGAAAUUAUAAUCUGCAAAACGAUAUAUUUUCCUUUGCCCUUUGUGGAUAGAAUCAACUUCACAACUUAAGAACAAGGGAUUUAAAAAAAAAAAACCCUUUUUUUUUUACUCUUGUUGAGUGCAGUUUCUCUGUGCAUCUUCUGUGCACCAGGAUACCUGAAUCAAACUACCAAAUUAAGCAUCUGAUAAUGUGAAAAUACAGUCUUGCUUAUCUGUAUGAUAGCCCUUAGGAAGUUGUUUUAAGGCAGUCCACAGAAGCAAUGGUAGCUGCUACCUAAAAGGUCAUUCUCAUUGUGAAUAUUACGAUCAUCCCUGUCUUAAAUAACAAAACAAUGUUCAAAGUUUAAAGUUUGGCUUCUCAAGAUAGCAGUCUGAAUGGUGUAGAUUGCUGCCAGAAGCGAGAUAUACAAAAAAGAAUUAAAACUUAGGAUGUGCGUAAUGAAAGUAUUAAUUUGUACUGCUCCCAAAUGCUAGUGUGAUUUAAUGUGCACUAGAGAGAGAAGGAAACAUUUGCCUUUUCACUUAGGAAGUUGGUCAGCAAAAGACGGAAAACACCACUGUCUCUGGGUAACAGAGGACUUAACUAAAAUCUGAAUUUGAAGAAGGACACUUUUAUUUUUUGUUUAAGGUUUUUUUUUUGUUUUGUUUUUGUUAAAAGGAAGAACUCUGGGAAUUCCUUUUGUCAUGUUUGCAUGAGAUUCUGUAUGUUUUCCCAUUGGGAAGGGUAGGGAUUAUUUUGUCAUGGUGGGAGGGAGGAAAGGGGAGGGAAUAUUUUUAAAAGUCUUUCUCCCGUAUUUUUAAUCUGUACUUGAACUCAUUUUGAGUUCAAAAAACUGUGUCACUAAUGUAAUGUCCUGGUGA